GCAGCAUGAGGAUGGUUGUGUGGGGAUUUGUUCAGCUUUUUCUCACCAUCACCAUGACUUACAGCUCAGCUUCACAAUGUGGCAUUCUGACAUGUCGCCACCAUGGAAGUUUGGAUGGACAGAUGUUCAAUGACACCUUCAUCACUGAACAAAGCUUUUCUGACAAAGCAGCAUGUUUUUGGAGGUGUUUCCGUAAUCUGCAGUGCAACAUGGUACUGCACAAUCCAGCGUCUCAACGUUGCCGGUUGUAUUAUUCAUCCGUCAUCACUGGGGGUGAACAAGAGGCAGGCUGGCAGUAUUAUACAGUUGCCUGCAGCGACUUCCGGAUCCUGAAUGCACUCUCGGUGAUGAGGAACCAGACCCACGAGGAUGUCACCUGCUCCAACGGCUUCUCCUAUCUACCGACCACGUCAGGCAAAUGUUUCCAUGACAACGUACCCCUAGACAUAGGACGGUGCAUGCAGACCCUCUGGAUUGACCCAGUGCGAGUAUUCAGGACGUCUCUCCCUGCUCCUCUGUCCAGUGGAACUGAGAUUAUCGUGGAGGCAGCCGCAGAUGGAGUCAACAAUCGAAACUGGGUGCGCCUUCAUGUAAAUGGUGACAGCACACUGGCUCUGUCUUUGGUUGUACGAUGGGACACAAUGGACAUAGGCUUCAAUACACGGUCAUCUGGCGUGUGGUCGACGGCACUGAGCCAUCCAGAUGUAGUCUUCACGCCCAACGUCAUCUCGAACCUCUCCAUCAAGAUCACAGACACCCAGUUCCUGAUAUCUGUUGAUGACAACAAUCUGUUCACUGGUCCAAUAAGGGUUCCAGUACAGCAGGCCGACGCCAUUGACGUGGACUUCACCCUCAUCAAACGAUUGCAGCUCAAAUAUCCCUGAUCGAUUAUAUCUCUGUCUAGUCUCCUUCAACAGUUUCCUCUAUUACGACAAAUGUAGUUAAUCAAGUUUGGAUAAAUCAAUCAUGUGAUUGACAUCAUGAGCAUCGAUCAUCAAAGCUGACACGAUAGCCGGCAGCAGCCGUGAGGCCCCAAUCAGGUAUUCACCUCUUACGACAAGCAUGAUACUCACUGAUACUCACGAACUUGUGUACAUUCUAUCUAACUUAUAAAAUUCCUUUUUACUUUAGUUCAUGUAUAUUUAGAACAUUGUUGAGUUGCCCACAAUCUUUAUAGAGACUUAUACUGUGACAGAUAAAAAUGGCUACAGGGCCGUUAAAAUCCCAUUGUGCUAUAUACAUUGUGAAAGGAAAGGCAUGUCGUGAUCUGCUUAUCCUGGUAAUAUUCUGCGAUAUAAAUGUACUGCAUGUGAUAUUAGAGUUAGGAUUUUACCACACUCUCAGUAUUUCGUUAAAAGUAGCAUAAUUUAUGCUACUUUGA